AUGGCUGGCCCGCAGCAGCAGCCCCCUUACCUGCACCUGGCCGAGCUGACGGCAUCCCAGUUCCUGGAAAUCUGGAAGCACUUUGAUGCAGACGGAAAUGGUUACAUUGAAGGUAAAGAGCUGGAAAACUUCUUCCAAGAGCUGGAGAAGGCGAGGAAAGGCUCUGGCAUGAUGCCAAAGAGUGACAACUUUGGAGAGAAGAUGAAGGAGUUCAUGCAGAAGUAUGACAAGAACUCAGAUGGGAAAAUUGAGAUGGCAGAGCUGGCACAGAUCCUGCCAACUGAAGAGAAUUUCCUUUUGUGCUUCAGACAGCAUGUGGGCUCCAGCGCUGAGUUUAUGGAGGCUUGGCGGAAGUAUGACACAGACAGAAGUGGCUACAUCGAAGCCAAUGAGCUCAAGGGGUUCCUGUCUGACCUCCUGAAGAAAGCCAACAGGCCCUAUGAUGAACCUAAGCUCCAGGAGUACACCCAAACCAUACUGCGGAUGUUUGACUUGAAUGGAGAUGGCAAACUGGGCCUCUCAGAGAUGUCCAGACUCUUGCCAGUGCAAGAAAACUUCCUGCUGAAAUUUCAGGGUAUGAAGCUGACCUCAGAAGAGUUCAAUGCCAUCUUCACUUUUUAUGACAAGGAUGGAAGCGGCUACAUUGAUGAGAAUGAGCUGGAUGCCCUCCUGAAGGAUCUGUAUGAAAAGAACAAGAAGGAGAUGAACAUCCAACAGCUCACCACCUACAGGAAGAGUGUCAUGUCCUUGGCCGAGGCAGGGAAGCUCUACAGAAAGGACCUGGAGAUUGUGCUCUGCAGUGAGCCCCCCAUGUAA